GAAGACCUCGUAAUUAUAGAACCCUAAUUAUCGUGUCUUUUCCUAAUUAGUGGCUUUCACCUAUAAAUUUAAUAGAAAACCUGUGUAGAUAUUUUUCAUUCUGUGUGCUCCUUGCGGCUGUCCCAGAGCCUCCUGGAAAAAAAAAAAAAGCAAAAACAAAAACAAUACUAGGUGCUUCAAUGGCUACGGGACAAUCUUUCUCUUCUAUAUCCCUCGCUUUCUUUUAAUAAUUUUACUCCGAAAACCUCAACUACUAAGAGCUGCCCACUUUCAUGGAAUCCGUUCAGAUGAUCAGUAUAUCAGCUGUUCUUUCUUGGAUUCCUUCGCAGUACUCCUAGUGGAUCUGAUUAUUCUUGCUUCUUCCUUUUCAGUUUUGAGCUGAAAGAAACCCAAAGAAAAGAAAACAAAAGAAAAAAAAAAAAAACAGAGUGUUAGUUUUGAGUCAUGGAAGAGAGGCAUGUCCUGUUUGAGAAAUACGAGAUAGGGAGAUUAUUAGGUAAAGGGACUUUUGCUAAAGUUUACUAUGGGAAAAACGUGGAGACUGGAGAAAGUGUAGCAAUCAAAGUAAUCAGCAAAGAUCAAGUCAAGAAAGAAGGGAUGAUGGAGCAGAUCAAGAGAGAAAUAUCCAUUAUGAGAUUAGUUCGUCAUCCGAACGUAGUCGAGCUGAAAGAAGUACUGGCGACAAAAACCAAGAUCUUUUUUAUCAUGGAGUAUGUUCGCGGCGGCGAACUCUUUGCUAAAGUCGCCAAAGGUAAACUUAAAGAAGAUGUUGCUCGUAAAUACUUUCAACAACUAAUCAGCGCAGUCGAUUUCUGCCAUAGCAGAGGCGUUUCUCAUAGAGACUUAAAGCCAGAGAAUCUGUUAUUAGAUGAAAACGAAGAUCUCAAGGUUUCUGAUUUUGGACUUUCAGCUUUGCCUGAACAAUUACUCAACGAUGGGCUACUCCACACGCAGUGUGGCACGCCUGCAUAUGUGGCUCCUGAAGUUCUCAGAAAGAAAGGAUACGAUGGUUCCAAAGCUGAUAUAUGGUCAUGUGGAGUGAUUCUUUAUGUUCUGCUUGCUGGUUUCUUGCCAUUUCAAGAUGAGAAUAUUAUGAAAAUGUACAGGAAAGUUUUCAAAGCAGAAUUUGAAUGUCCAGCGUGGUUUUCAACAGAUGCUAAAAGGUUAAUUUCUCGACUUUUGGUUGCUGACCCACAAAGAAGAAUUACAAUUCCAGCAAUAAUGCGAGUUCCUUGGUUUCAGAAAGGGCUUACGAGGCCUGUAACUUUCUCAGUCCAAGAUUCGAACUUGGGAAAAACAGCAGCCGCGGAGGAAGAUGAAUCUUUAUCAGUCGUCACUAAAGUUUCUUCUCCUAAAUUCUUUAACGCUUUCGAGUUUAUUUCAUCCAUGUCUUCUGGGUUUGAUUUAUCAAGUUUAUUCGAGAACAAGAGGAAAACAGGGUCAGUCUUCACUUCGAAAUUCUCCGCCGGUGCUAUCAUCAAUAAGAUUGAAGGUGUUGCAAAAGGUUUAAAUUUUAAGAUAGCUAAAGUUAAGGAUUUCAAAGUGAAACUACAAGGUCCGUUGGAGGGACGUAAAGGGCAGCUUUCGGUGACGGCAGAGGUGUUCGAGGUAGCUCCGGAGUUGGCCCUCGUGGAGUUCUCCAAAUCAUCGGGUGAUACUUUGGAGUAUGCUAAGUUUUGCGAAGAAGAUGUUAGGCCUGCACUGAAAGAUAUUGUCUGGACAUGGCAAGGUGACACUGUUAAUGGUGGCGAAGAUUGUGAAAAACAAUAGUCGCUAGCUAUCGAAUAGCUAAUUAGGAACUUUUUACGUUUUUUCUUUUUCGGGUUUUUGAUAUGUGAUCUGUAAAUUAUUUGUGACUAGCGAGUUAAUGCAAGAAUCUGAAGACAAUAAAACAGUAAAAAGUUAAGUGAA